AUGGACGGUCUUGCUGGGGCCGCAGCACUGCCAAUUAGUCUUGGUCUUUGCCACUCUCGUGCCCUCGGCAUUUAUUACAAUGUAGAUAAAGAUCACAGAGACAGUGGUGGAGUUAUCGCUCUUAAAAUGCCAGACUUUCACAUCGCAGCCUACACAACGCUACAGGGGAUGCAGGUAGCAUAG